UGCAGCAGCAAUGUAAAUUGCUGAUGGAUUGCGAAAGUCCAUUGUUUCGUGGGGUUUAUUUAGGAAAACAAAUGUAAAAUUAAUUAAGCAUUUUAGGGCAGAGAAGUCAGCGAGUUCUUUAACUCAUUGCGAAGUAAACGGUGAGUUUAAGCAAUGGCAGUUUUAUAUUCUAUAGUACUGAAUAUUGGGAUCGGUAAUCAAGGGUUACUUUGGUCGAGUGGUGGCAGCCAUAAGCGUCAGCUAUGGAGGAAGUCAUAAGACUGACUUCGGAAAAUCCCCUGACGCUGCUGGUCAAGUUUGGCUUGAUGGGUAGAUGGAACAUGACGUGCGCGGAGAACUGUUCCGGCCACGGGGAGUGCCACAACGGCACUUGCGUGUGCGAGAUCCAGUUCGACGGGGACGAGUGCCACUCGCCCAACAUCUCGUACUACGUGGCGUUCGCCACCGUCUUCUUCCUGCUGGCGCUGGUCUGCCUGGUGCAGCUGGUGAUGUGCGUGGUGUCGGAGUACCAGCGCAUGAAGGCGCCGUCCUUCCUGCGCGCCUGCCGCGUCACCACCCAGAAGCUGCUGUACUUCCUGGUCUUCCUGGCCGCCGCCAUCCGCGGCGCCUACUUCACCUCCCCGGCUGCCUUCCAAGAGGGCUGGUCCAGCAGCCUCAUGUCGGCCUACUACCCCCUCCUUCUGUCGGGGUCGUCGCUGGUGGUGUGCUUCUGGGCCGAGGUGUUCCACCUGCGCGACAUCCGGUGGGAGAAGCCGCAGUUCCUGUCGAAGUCGUUCCUCGCGUUCAUCAUCUUCAACAUCAUCACGUACUCGCUCCUGCUCGCCGAGUUCAUCCUCACGCACUUCUCGUACAAGAGCGCCGAGGAGAAGAAUUUCUACACCCAUGUCUUCAAUGGUUGCUAUGCUGGACUUCUCUUCAUUGUAGUGAUUUUCUUCCUGAUAUAUGGUGUUGAGGUAUUUUUCAAGGUGCGCGGGGGGUUUCUGAACGAGUCGCCGGUGACGAACAUAGCGGCGGGCAGCCGCACGCCCGCAGCGGAGCGGGUGGCGGAGAGCGCGGCGACGGCCUCGCUGUUCGCGCCGGAAGGCCCGGCCCCCGCCGGCCGCCCCUUGCCCGAGCAGAAGAUAGACGUCUCCCAGCUGCACCAGUCGCGGCUGGGGCUGCUCUCCCAGGCGCUCAUGCUCAUGAUGAUCGUCGGCUUCCUCUUCAGCGAGACGCUCAGCGAGUUCUGGAAGAAGAAAGUUCCGCUGCACAGUCGUAACUGGCACGACAUAGUGUUCCGCGUGGCAGAGAUCGGCGUGGCCCUUUGGUUCCCGUGUGUUCUCUGGAACUGCAUGAGCCCAGAGCAGUUAUGGAUACUGAACCCAAAGCGCAUCUUGAAGAAACUUGAUUUGGAUUCGACUGUGCCGUCUAGUCUAGAUGGUAAAUCUGACCCAACGUCGGAAAAAGUUCCACGAAUUGAUGACGACGACACGAGCAGCUCCAAGGACUGCUGGAUCUGCUACGACAGCGAGCGGCAGGACAUGGGGCCGCUCAUCGAGCCGUGCCAGUGCCGUGGCGACGUGAGCAACGUGCACCACGACUGUCUGCGCCGGUGGCUUGUCGAAAGCGCGUCGAACCCGGACUCUCUGCGCUGCAAGGUGUGCGACACGGCGUACCGCGUGGAGCGCGGCGACCGCCUGGACUGGCAGCACGGCUUCACGGCGCAGCACUGGCUGCAGACGGCGGCCAUCGCGACGUGCAUGUGCGUGUCGGCGGCGGGAGCCUGGGUCACCAUCCAGGUGUUCGACGACGUGGUGAUCCGCUGUCUGGCGGCGGGCAGCGCCCUGCUCAUCCAGUACGUCUGCGUCAGGUUCCUGGGACUGCACACCGUGGUGGCAUACCAGCGAGCGAAGGUGUCUGCCGUCAGCAUCCUGGGGGGACACGUCUCCACCAUCAGCGAAACUGUUGCCGUCGACAUCCCGAAAGGAACCCAGCAGACCCACAUUUGAAACUGAUCUUCGUUUUUGAGGUUCAAUACGAAGACCUUCAGAAAAUUUUUAAAAAAGAGCUGAGAGCUCUUACAUAUUGCUUUUGCGUAAUGCAAAAUACAUUUGUCUUUCCAGUAGAUAAGAGACUUUAAUUGGAUAAUGAUCAUUUAAGAAGAUGGUUAUUAUUUAUUAUUCUAUAAAGACAUUCAAAAGAGUACGGUAACUUGAUCCACUGUAAAUAGUAACAGUUAAUAAUAUGUAUAUUAUUCACUGUAUAAAAGUACCGAGCCAGCUGUAAAUUUAUGGGCUUUGAAGUUGUUGGUCAGUCAUGUACUUUGAAAUUAUAACUAAGAGAUGUAUUAACAGAGUAUAAGUUAUAAGUAAGUGAACACACUUCAAACAUUAUGACUAUAGGUUAAUGUAAGACAUGCUUAGCAUGUCUGUAUUGUAGUGUAUGAUUGUAGCGAAUGCCAAAGCUGUUUUUUUAGUGUGUUUCAUACUAAAACAUAUGGUGCACUAUGCUAUGUUAGAAAUUUUUGGAAAUUUCUUUUCAUUUUGAUAGUUGAUAAAUAGCAUCACUUUUUAAAAUCAGUGUCUUGUGUCAAAUUUGUUUUCAUAUUUAUGUGUUUAUGAAAUGUUUACCUUUGUUUUCGUAUUUAUGAAAUCUUUGAUCCAGAUUUUUGCAAAUAAGAAAUAAAUAAUUUUGUUUCUUUAUAUAGAGACUUCUGCAGUGUUGGUUAGAAGAAACGUGUGUUUCAUGUUAACCUGAACAUUACGUUUCCACUGUGACAAAAUUUGUCCAUCUUGCAGUGAUAUAUGCUUAAUAGGUAGAGGUUGGUUAGAGUCGAACCAAUAAAAAUGAUCUGAUAAUAUUUCUUAAGCUAUGUCUUGGUGUGGAAUGCAAAAUUGUUGUUAUUUUAGGAAAAUAAACUUGUCAGUGAACUCCUGAUUGUUUAUAAUAAAAAAAAGUGUGUGUGUGUGUGUUUUUGUGUGUCCUAAUUGUCCAUGUGUUUUAAACUAAGAAAUUAUGUAGAGAAACUCAUGUGUGCUAAAUACUGCAGGUACUUACUGUAAAAUAUAAGACCAGUGAGCAAGUUCAGCCAGAUGUUCUUUGGGAAAUGUAGCGAGGAAGAUAAAACCAUUCUUUUGGUUUAACUUUGCUGUUAAGAGGCUCAAUUGUGUGCAAAUAAACAAGAUACAGUUGUGUGCCAGCCAAAAAUAUAUCACAAGUUUGUAAUGGCAUGUAGGUUGUUCAUCAUUAUACAAAAUUGUGUGUGUCAAAAAUUGGGGGGGAGGGGGGGGGGAAAUAUAUAUAUUUAAAAAACUAUAUUGAUUGAAAACUGUAUUCUGUAUUGUAUAACUUUUUUUAUUUUUAUUACCAUUUUAGAAAGCUUAAACAAAUAAUAAACAUUCAGUAACAUCAUUUCUGUUUCCAUGGCAACCUAGGGUGAUUAUUAAUGACACAUUUUAUUGCUUUGUCCUUACAUGUUACAGUGGAAAAUUUUGAGUUAUUAUUUAGAAUGUGGCGUGAGUAUUGGUUGUAUUGCGAUAAGAUAAUAUAACUUCCCUGGUACAACAGAAUCUGGGAAAGACUGCGAUACAAGUUACACGUUCAGUUUUUUUUUUCUCUCUCCCUUCCUCUACUUGCAGUUUCUUGCUGAUUUUACAAGAAUGAAAUUUAGUGGGGAUACAGUUGCAUGUAGGUGCAAGUUUGAACCGUAGGAAUGUUUUGUAUGUCUAGCCAAGUGAAGCAUCAGUGUUAGAUUAAACGUGAAGCGUGAACACUAAAAGACCCAGAAGCAGGAGUAAGUGAGAUGUUUUAAAAACAAAUUUAGUCUGUUUCGAGUGAAAAUACUGGCAUUUGCCGAGUAUUCAGGCAUAACAAAUAGUUGGGGUUCCUUCAAAGGCAUAAAUUUUCUGGAAUUUUUAUCCACUUUGGUAGCAUGUUGUGGUUCACUUUAGACUGAGUGGUGUUUGUAAAAAAAAUGUAAGUUUUAGUUUAACUUUUUUUGUCAGAAAUUAUGAAGUUUAGUUUUUUUCCCAGAUGAAUUAGUGAGGCAGGCCAAGUAGGAACGAAGAGAAAAGCAGGAAGGCUAAUGAAAUGGGGAGUGUUGCUUACAUUCUGUACCUUCUGUAUCCGACUGUUGCAGCCUAAGGUUGCCCAGGGCCGCAAAUCUGUAGGAUUCGCAAGGCUCAAGAUUUUUGCGCAUAAUUUUAACUGACACAAGUUAUCUCUGGAUAGAGUGCUUGUAUGUUGUAUUCUGCCCAUAUUUUAGCCUACAUGGAAAAAAAAAAAAAUUACACAUUUGCAAGCGCAAGCCAGCCACCUCAGUGAAGGUCUUCUUAAUUCCCAUGUGUGUGUGGGGGGGGGGGGUUUGCCCCCAUUCCCCUCCCCUCCAGGAUCUACGCCCAUGAGGUUAAGUGAGAAGUCCGAAAUUACGAAAAUAAUAGUCUCUUAAAAGGCUAUUUUAACACAUUUAUGACGCAUUAAAAAUUAAUUAUCAACGAUGUGAAGGUUAUUGUUGCUAACUACAAUGUUGCAGUGAAGGAUGUGGUUGGUGGGGGGGGGGCUGUCACACCUAUCGCUGCUCUAAUAGGACCACCACUGGUUUCACAUAAUGUACAUUGUGUACGGCGAGACAGAAAUCGUAGACACCACUUUUCAAGGGUUCUAGUGCCGACCACUACCACGGGCAGUGAUGGAUAUUAAAAGUGUUUCAGUAUUAGUUCCUUGUGUUCUUAAGAGGAAUUCAUAAUUUAUGUAUUGUUGCUUCUAAGUGUGUGUUGGUUCCAUUUACAGUUUUAGAUUCUCAAAUUUAUGUUACAUUAAUGUGCUUUGAUUUUGAUAUCACAUGUUAACAUCAAGCAAAAUACAGUUAUUCAAUAAAAUAUAUAAAGUUGAAAUUUUAUAGAAUUAUAUUAUCUAUUUAUAUGUUAAAAUAAUGUCAAUUAACCCUUUAGAUUUUGAGCAGUAUUUUACAGUUCGUUAUUAACCUUCAUGACAACUUGAAUGAUAUUAGCUGGUACUUAAUUUUUAAAUCCAUAGAUGCUAGCUAGUAUUAUGACAUAAUUUAGUAAUUUUAUUUCAAACAAUCAUCUAUUAAAACCAAAGGUAGGCAAAAUAUUAUUUUGAUAUUAUAUUUACAGUAAGUACAGAUUAUUCUUCAGUGCUGUGAUGAAAGUAUUUGGCGAACUUGCUUACUCAAACAUGGAACUCUACUGGUAAAAUCUUGGUUUUCGGUGUAGUGCAAAAAUAUAUUCUAAUCUAAAAAUAAAGAAUUUUGAACUUUUGA